UGGACGCUGAAUCUCAAAGACUGGCUGAUUUUAUCUUGUAUUGCGCUUCUCAUGCUGAUGGAUGGAUUCAACGCGACGGUGCUGAUACCGAUACUUCCGGAUCUCUCGAAUUCGCUUGACACGCCGUUCAGCGGCGUUCUGUGGUGUCAAACCGCAUAUCUGCUUGUCAAUGCCGUGAGCCACUGCUUCUUCACCAUGCUGUUAGAAAUCUUCGGCCACGGGUCGCUGCUCUUCAGCGCUCUGAUCCUCUCCACCGUCGGCACGGGCAUCGGCUGUCGCGCAGGAAGCCUCUCUCAAUUGAUCGCAGGGCGCAUCCUGCAAGGAAUCGCUGGCGGCGGGAUGACCAGCGUCUCGCUCCUUUUGAUCUCGGACGUGAUCCCACCCUGCAAACGGCCGGUGACCAUUUCCUACCUCUUCAUCGCGCGAGUAAUAGGGGCCAUCUUCGGCCCGGUGGCCGGGGGGAUCUUCGUGGACCGGGCCAGCUGGAGCUGGGCCUUCUACAUCAACUUCAUCCUGUGCGCUUUGGGAAUCGUCCUCGUACCCUUCACCAUCACAUUCCAGAUGAACCGGACAAUCGAUCUACGUCGGAUCCGAACCAUGGACUGGUCUGGCGCGACGCUGAUCUUUCUGAGCGUCGGGACCUUGCUGAUCGGUAUCUCGUGGGGAGGAACCCUCUACCCGUGGCAUAACUGGCGCACAUUGCUCCCCAUUGCCGCCGGGGGCGCUGGCAUCCUUGCUCUCAUUUUCUAUGAGCGCGUAUGGGCGGUGGAUCCGCAUUUCAAACUGACCGUGCUUCAAAGCAGCCGGUCUUCGAUCGCAGCGUAUAUCGGUUGUUUCCUGCAGGGGAUUUUGAUCUUCACCAAGCUGCAGUAUCUGGCCCUGUAUCUCCUGUCCGUUGGAUACAUGACCCCGACUUUCGCCGGGCUGAGCCUCCUAGCCAUCACGGCGGUGAUCUUCCCCACGGCCGCGAUGGAGGGCACGCUGACGGCCAAGUCGCGGCGGUUCCACUGGUCGCUGUGGGCCGGGUGGAUGAUGACCAUCCUCUCGACGGGCUGCUUUAUCCUGUUGUCGGCCAGCAUCCCGACGGGCGGGUGGGUGAUCAUGUUCAUUGUGGCGGGGAUGGGCCACGGCCUGUUGAUCUCCGGAUACAACAUCUGCCUGCACGCGUGGACGAACGAGGAGGAAUCCCACCACGCAAUGAAGAUGUAUUCUCUCCUCCGCACACUGGGCAUGUGCGUCGCUGUCCCUGUUGCGGGCUGCAUCCUUCUCAACCAGGUUGUCCACCACAUCACCCAGCUCGGCCUGCAGGCAGGUGUCGUCAACACUGCCAAUGGCUACAUCAUCCUGCUGAGCGAGGUAGAGCUCUCCAAGGCGGAGCGUGCAGCUCUAGAUGCCGCGUAUACCGCUAGCUUCCGAUUUCUCUGGCAGGUCAUGUCUGGCGUGGCGGCCUUGGGUGGCCUGUCGUCUUUUUUCAUC